AGGUGUGUGUGUCUGUGUCUGUGUGUGUGUGUGUGUUUUAGGGGGGGUGAUCUGAGCAGAUAUCUCCAUCUAAGCCCUGCGCUAUAAUUGAAAUGGCGCAUUUGGCUGCAGGCAGGUUGUGAGGGCGCUUUCUGCAGCAGCAUGCAUGCAUGUCCAUAGACGUCAUUUGAUUUUAAUGGCCUGCAGGAAAUUUGGCGUUCCAACUCCAGACAUUAAGGCAAGAGGGAGAGACGAGAGGAAGAGAAAGAGAGGAGAGCAGGGACACGGGGGGGAGAGAGAGAGAAAUCACCGCAUGAAACAUAUUGGUUCAAGGAUAUCUCUUCAUUUUCAACAUAUUCUCUUUUUUUCUACAGAGACUUUAUCAACAAGUUCCUGCGCCUUGAUUUCACGUUGCCUGAGUGAAGGACCAUGGCAGCCCGCCUGGCUUUAAACUUUACAUUCACGCUGCAGGAGCUGCUGGAGAUGGAAAUGUGUGCCUGCUAGCUGGAACUGCCCGCGGAGCUGUUACAUCAGACCAAGUGACAAUGAGAGAUCUGCUUUUUGCUGCUCGAAAUCUAUUGAGAGACUGACAGUUGCCUGUUAGGUUUCCCUCUGCACCCUCUGGAAUCCCAACUUCACACCGUUAGAGGGGAAAGCGUCUACUUUCAAAAUAAGAGAAGUUAUUAUAUCUGUGCAGCCAUAAUAGAGGGUAUCACGUUCUCUUCCUUGAGAAAAUUGCCUGGGCGAGAGAGUGGAGUUGAGCUAAUUGUAGCCUAAUCCCUGGCCCAGAGGCGCUCGGGCAGCCCGGAGCGAGAUUUUUCUUUUUUAGCUCUGCUCUGUUAUGUAGAGACGGAUUAUUGAGCUUUCUUCUUCUUCUUCUUCUCAUAACAAACCACAGGGGCAGCUUCAUUUAGGGGGGGGGGGACAGACAGACAGACAAGCUGAAGCGCGGAGCAGGAUUCCAACCGGGAGCGCACAUUUUUUACGCGUAUCCAUAUAAGAAGGGGAAGGAGAUCGGCUCAUCUAUGUACAAGGAGGGAAGAAGCAUGUCACGGUUGUCUCUGACCCGGUCCCCGGUCUCUCCUCUGGCCACUCAGGGUAUCCCUCUGCCGGCUCAGCUGACCAAGGCGAACGCCCCGGUGCACAUUGACGUCGGGGGACACAUGUACACCAGCAGCCUGGCGACCCUCACCAAGUACCCAGACUCCAGAAUCAGUCGUCUGUUCAAUGGCACUGAGCCCAUCGUGUUGGACAGCUUGAAGCAGCACUACUUCAUAGAUCGGGACGGCGAGAUAUUCCGCUACAUUCUCAGUUUCCUCAGGACCAGCAAAUUGCUCCUUCCAGAUGACUUCAAGGACUUCCACUUGCUGUACGAGGAGGCGCGCUAUUACCAGCUAAUGCCCAUGAUUAAAGAGCUGGAGCGCUGGAAGCAGGAGCGUGAGCAACGGCGGACGAUGCAGCCCUGCGACUGCUUGGUGGUUCGUGUCACACCCGACCUGGGCGAGAGGAUCGCCCUGAGCGGGGAGAAGGUCCUCAUCGAGGAGAUCUUCCCCGAGACUGGAGAUGUUAUGUGUAACUCAGUCAACGCCGGCUGGAACCAGGACCCGACGCACGUCAUUCGCUUCCCCCUCAAUGGCUACUGCAGGCUCAACUCUGUCCAGGUUAUGGAGCGUCUCUUCCAGAAAGGUUUCAGCGUGGCGGCGUCAUGCGGAGGCGGCGUGGACUCAUCCCAGUUCAGUGAGUACGUGUUGUGUCGCGAGGACCGGCGGAGUCUGUCCAUCAACACGCCCAUCAGGAUAAAACAGGAACCCCUGGACUAGAGCAUUCUGGGAGAGGGACUGCCGAAACACAACCCCCCCUUACUCCAUGAAUCUUCUCACACCGCCCCACCCUGCCUAUUCCUGCCCCUUCCGUGCCCCAUCAGGACCACAACCACCCCCAAGCAUACCGAAGUAUUAGCAGAGGCUUUCUAACCUCGCUAGCCCUGCAGAACUCGAAGGGGAAUGUAGAACCAAACAAAGGGAAAAAAAGCAUCAGCAACAAAAGUUUUUGAUUAUAACGCCCAAAGAAUCUGGGACUGUGAUGAAAACAGCAACAACCACAAAUAGACUCAACAGCAGCACACUUAAACCAUUUCAGCACCAUGACUGGUUGAUUUUUCCCUCAUCUUCUUAAACAAAAAGGUGUCCUGAACCUUCCGAGGGGAAACAAAGUUCUCCCCCCUCUGUGAGCCUCCAUCCACCAAGCUUCUCAACACACACACUGACACACUCACCCGCUGCCCCCCUUCACCAGUGUCAUCCAGUUCUGCGUGUGUGUGUGAGGUCCAUGUCUUGUCUGAUUGGUGACAAGUGUGGCCUGCUGUGGAACAAGAAAGCUUUGGCAGACAGGACGCUUUUUAUGGAGGACAGAAAGAAGACAUAAUCUGAUUUUGCGAAUCCCUUGACAAGCCCAAGUUUCCAAGAGCCCCGCGACCCCCGACUCCGUCCCACCGCACCCCCCCACAGGCCGGGCUGAAGAGGCCAGGGCCUCGCCAAAAACAGCAUCGAUUUGCCAAACUGAUUGUUUAUUACAAUUUCUCAUUGUUGUUUCUAAAGUAUGUUCUUCUUGCUCUUUUUGCUGUUCUUAUCAUGACAUGGUGUAAACAAUUAUUAUUAAUAGGAUUAUUUUUAAUGUCUCUUUUUUCCUUUCUCCAAUAUGAAGGAUGUAUGAACAUUGUAUUCAUUAGGCUUCGAGAGCUUGUGAGGGAGCAUUUCUUGGCAGUCGCUGCAGAAACUCAGAUGUCUCCGGGCUAUGUGGCUAAAGCGAUCUGCCUGGCAAUGCAUUCAGAGCCGGGAAAAGUCCCAUUGUUCAAACGGUGAUGGAAGAGAACCUGGAUGUUUUCGACAUUGUUUAUAGUCAAAUGUGUAGCACACAUAAAAAAGUGCUCCGGAAUUUGUGCUUAUUUGCCCUAAAAACAUAUCUCGGGUCACUGAUCGGAUUUUCUCACACGGGCACAGAUAUUUGUUCGUAUUUAGCAGAAACUUAAGAAGGUUGGUGAAUAUAAAAUUCAGGUUGAAGUUGCACACGCUCAAAGUGUACUGCAGCUCUGAUGGGAUAGAAUGUUAAAGACUUGAGGACCAACGUGGAAAGUUGACGUUUACCAGUAUGUCUCGUGAUCAGCAAGAGAUGUACUCUAAAUGCUUUUACUGUUUUUUUGCACUUAAACGUUACCUACAUAGCUGUCCUGCCCCGCUCCCUUAAAACAACACUUGUUUGAUCCCAGAGACCAGUGCCACGCCAAGGACACUAAAACUUUACCCAAAGGCAAAAUGUCCAAGAGAACGAAUACUGUAGGUACCAAAGCAGAAGUGGUGCCAAUUCUGUUGAUUGUACAAACAUAAAGACGUCAUCUCUUUUUUACAAUUUAUAGCUAAAAGGUGACACAAUGCAUUAUUCAGACGUGUAUGAAGGCUGCCCACAUUCUUUCCUGUCGGCCUCCGGUCUUGACAGGUUUGUUGAGGAUAGCUCACAGCAUCUUCAAGUUUGAGAGACAACGUCCCUGUUUGUUUUUUCAGUAUAUUGUCACUUCUAAGCCAAGAUUAUUUCAGUGGUUCUUCACAUGUAUGCGUGGCAGAACCCCAAGUGAACUGUACUCCUAGCAUCUGCGUGUUGUUCACAAAGAGGCAAGUGGGCGGCAUUUACUCGAUCCUCCUCUCAUUCUUUUGGUCUUAUUCUCAACAUUUCUGGAUCAAAGACAGCAACAAGAAAGGCCAAGUUUUCAUGCUUUAUAUUUGUGUGUAACUUACAGAUGCUGUUUCUUCCAUUCCAAAAGACAGAGAGAUAGAAAAAAAACACACAAAAAAAAAAAAACAGAAGCUCAUUCUGAUCUUUGUGGGCGCUGGCAGUUGUUUGAGUUAAACUGGGGGUUUGUGUUUAUAAACUAGUUGUUCAUUAAAAAUGGGCAGUAGUUCCUCUGACCAUGUUGUCCUCAUAUCUGCUCUCUGCGGAUGGCGGCUGAUUAAACAAGGCCAAUGAGUGGAUAAAGAUGAGCUCAGAGUAAGUGUAGCUCCCAGUCCUGUGCACUCCUCCCUGGGGGUCUCUCUCUUUCUCUCUCUCACAAUCAAGCCCAUCUUUGUUCUGACCUGCCAGUGGCCUGCGCCUUUGCAUACAGUCGCCUCAAAGGGAAUGGUCAACCAGGCCUUUCAUGUGCCGAGGCAUGUUGGGCUCUUCACAGCGCUCCUCGCCCCCCUCUGCCUGCCCGAAGGCUCCCGGCUCAGUGGUGCCAGUAGAGACUCAGGCUUGUACCCCCUGCUGCUGUGUCAUCCCCAUGCCCUGGUUUCUUAAAACGCCCUGUGAUGCUGUGGCUCACCGGACCACACCACAACAAAAGCCAAACAAACUGAUGAGUCAAAUCUGGGCACACUCAGAACACACCAUGCAGCCAGGCGACUUGGCUCGGGCCGAACCUGACAUCUUUCAUCCAGUUUAUACGAGGUGUGGAAACUCAUCUGGGUUAGCUCUCGAUGAAAGAAAUCCAUGCUAUGCUAAAACCUCCCAUCUGCAAGAAUUACAGUUUUCUUUUUCAGGGAGGAGCGAACGAAGGCCUAUUUUCUUACUGAUGUGGCAUUUUCAAAUCACAGAAUGGGCUUUUAGCUGAGAAGUUGUGCAUUUUUGAAUGAAAACAUAAGUGACCGGGAACAAAGAUGGCAGGUGUGAGUUUCUGUGUUUGUGCUAACAAACCAGGGACUCAGAGUAUAAACGGCACGCUAACUAGUCAAACUUGACAGGACUGGAAACUUCCAAGACAUGUUCACACACGCGCCCCCCCUUUUUUUCUCCCAGAUGGUACUGGCCAGUGUUCAGCCAGUCCACAUGGUAUUCACACCACCUCCGAGGCAGGUCAGUUGUACAGUUAUUGUAAAUUGAAUUAUCGAGACUCUUGGGUUUCACGGGACCCUCGUGUUUUUAAGAGACCUCUUUAGUCCUCUCCACGAAAAAGAAUGAAAAGAAUUCAAAGCAUUACAUUGUGUACAUAUGAAUUAAAAACAUUUCAAAGGGUAUAAUAAGGUGCAAAUGUAUAUUAUUUAAAGUGUUUAAAAACAAUUAGACUGUGGUAUUAAAGGGCAUGUGUUCAUUUACAGUGUCUCCAUUUGACUUUUCUUGCAUAUUUGCGAUAAUAAAAGGAUGUACUGUAAAUCUGA